CUCCCCCCAGCUCUGCCGGUGCCCCUCACUCCCGACCCGCAGCCCCAGUUGGAGGUGAGGAUGGGGCCAGGUUCUCCCCAGUGUGGAGAGUCUCUGCAGGAAGUGAAACAGCUUCUCCUGGAAACCUCCCGUCACACCUCCCUUCCCCCAGCUCCUGGCAUGACGGGGCAGGGGCAGCCCCACAGGGCAGGGGCAGUCCCAGAGAAGCUGGGCGGGGGGAGGUGUCCGUCUAAGGAAAGCAAAAGUCCUGCAAGGUGGAGAACAGGGAGGUGAAGCUGGGUCCUAAAGGGGCCCCCAGCCCAGCUCUGCCGGUGCCCCUCACUCCCGACCCGCAGCCCCUGCCAGCCCUGGGCUCCCCCUAUCAGCCCCCGGGUGCCAGGGGCAGGUUCUGGAUACGCAGGCCAGGCUCAGGGGAGGAGCGUGUGGUGGCAAUGGGGGCAUGUGCCUGAGGUGCUAACCCCGUCCCCGGCUGUCUCCCCGCCCCGCGCUCCUGGCACCCUGGCGAAGAUGGCGUCAUGGCUGCAGCGAGGGGCUGCCAGCUCCCUGCCCCUGCGCUCCCCGCCUUGCUGGACCCUGGGGAGUUUCCAGGCCUCGCUCCUCCCUCCUGGCCCCCAAGGGCCCCGCAGGGCCCGGCUCCCCCGGCCGCCCACGGAUCUCACUUGUGCGCUGGCUUUCAAGGGGGCCAGGGACCCACGGGAGACCGAGCUGACCCAGGGCCCUGGCCCCACGGCUGCGCCCGGAGACCAAGGCAGAGCCGUGGGCAAAAUGCACCAGAGACGCAGCCACCCGGACCCCAACCACGGUCAGACUCCGGAGCUCCCCGAAGUGCCGGUGCCGUGGCCAGGUGCCCUGUCCUGCGAGUGCGGCUCUCGCGCCUUCGUUUGCCUGGGCCAGCGCCCCCAGCUCAGCCGACACGUGGCCACUCACUGCUGGCCCCCAGCCCACCCCACCCCCACCCAGGCGGAGACGCGGCGGUUCAGGUGCCCGGUCUGCGGGAAGGGCUUCAAAUACAAACACCACCUGAAAGAGCAUGAACGGAUCCACAGUGGCGAGAAGCCCUACGAAUGUGCCACCUGCGAGAAGCGCUUCUCCCAUUCGGGCUCCUACAGCUCCCACCUCAGCUCCCGCCGCUGCCUCCUGCCCGCCCCCGACACCCCGGCCCCAUGGCAGAGCCGCCCAUGUGCUGCCAGGCCCCGGGGGGGCCACGGCAGAGACCUCUGCUCCCCACACAGCCCCGACCCAACUUGGCCCCUUCUGGGCCCCCCUGACCUGGGAAUGAAGGGACCCAGAGAUGCCAAUUUGCCAGGGCCUGGCCCUGACCGGGGCCCCCCCGAGAUCCCCAGCAUGGAGCAGCCCUUGGACCUGUCUCUGCCCAAGCCAGGCAAGGAGACGGAGCCCAGCCCGGUGCCCUCGGAGGAGCCUGCGAGCCGGCUGCCCUACGAGCUCUACCUGCCCACCUCCCUCUGCACCCUUUUCCCAGCCUUCCUGCCCAGUACCCUCAGCCAUCUCCUCCCGCACGGGGCCCCUCGGCUGCACAGGAACCCAGAGCUGCCGGCCCCCCAGUUCCUGCCCUUUCUCCUCUACCCGUACGGGGCGGAGUCGGAGCCAGCCCUGCCCACGGGCCACAGGGAGCAACACAGGCCUCUGGGAGCCGGCGGGGCCGGGUGGCGCCCCCUGCAGGCGGGCGGGGAGCCGGGGGGCGGCCGGAGGCGGUUACGCAGGACCCCCGACGGGCUGUAUCUCUGCGAGCUCUGCCCCAAAACCUUCCAGAAGAGCAGCUCCCUCCUGCGGCACCAGUACGAGCACACGGGGAGGCGCCCGCACCGCUGCCCGCUCUGCCCCAAGGCCUUCAAGCACAAGCACCACCUGGCGGAACACGCCCGGCUGCACUCCGGGGAGCGCCCGUUCCAGUGCGCCCGCUGCGCCCGCCGCUUCUCCCAUUCCGGCUCCUACUCGCAGCACGUCAACCACCGGCAGGGCUGCUGCCGGGCCUGGGGCGCCCCUGCCCCCCACGGGGAGACCCCCACCCCCCACAAGGAGACCCUGGCCCCUCAAGGGGGAGACCCUGGCCCCCUGUCACCAGGGCAACACCCCAGCUCCCUCCCCCCACAGGAAGACCCCGGCCCCUGCCCAUGCUUCCCACAGGGAGACCCCAGCCCCCACCCCCUGUCACCAGGGCAACACCCCGGCUCCCAUUCCUCACAGGCAGAUCCUGGCCCCCACCCAUUGUCACCAGGGUGACACCCUGGCUGCCUCCCCCCACAGGGAGACCCCUGGCCCCCACAGGGAGAUCCUGGUCCCUGUCCCCCACAGCCAGACCCUGACCCCCCUGGGAGAUCCCGGCCCCCAACCCCCCAUGGCCAGACCCCAACCCCUGCCCCCC